AUGAGUAAUAAGAGAAUGGAUGAAAUGGAGAGCAGGAUUAGUAUUCUAGAACAGAAGACUCAAAGCAACAGUAACAGGUCAGUCGAAAUAAAUGAGCUCGAACAAACCGCUUCCCGACUUACGCGUGAGCUUAAUGAUCGGGAGCAGGAGUUGCUUGCAGCUGACCUUGAAAUCACAAAUAUUCCGGAAGAGAGGACAGAAAACAUCACUCAUACGGUCGUGUUGGUGGCUGCAAAGCUGGGAGUAUCGCUGGACGAGAGGGACAUUGUUUUCGCGGAUCGUGUAGGAACAAGGAAGCAGGGUGACAAUGCGGAUGGAGGUCGGGGCCAUGAGCGUCGAGUGGUGGUGCGUCUAGCGCGCCGCCAGCUGCGCGAAGAGUUAUUGCGAAGCGCACGCGUGCGGAGGAAUGCUACCACCACUGACCUUGGCCUGCCAGGUCCACCUUGUCGCUUCUAUAUUAAUGAGCGUCCCUCAAGAGCUAAUCGCUAA